AUGUCAGCCAAUGAUAUAUUGGAUGUGUUGAACAUCCUGCGUGAUGAUCUGAAACAACCGGCUAAGAAAAAACAAAAGAUUAAUGCAGAACCAGCACCAAGACAAACUGGUAUGGCUAGAGAGUUGUAUAACUUAUUAGGUCCAAAUACUCCACCAGUUAAUAUUACCAACUUAUCAACAGUAUCAAGAAAAGAUAAUGUUAAAUUCAAAGUAUCACCUUGGACUAAAAUGCCAUUCAAUCCUAAUAAAACCAAGAAAGAUGGCCAUGAAGUGAUUUUAAACCAUUGGGUUAAAGGAUCCAAGGAACUUUUGGAACAGGAUGAAAAGGAUAAGCCAUACUUUUUUGAUAAAUUCGAUGUUAAAUUAGAUAUUCCUGAAUUAGUUGAUGAAGAUACUUUUGAUACCUACAUGGAAGAAAUCAGAGAACAUCAAAAGAAGAUAAAAGAAGAAAGAAAACAAAGAGAGAAAGAAAAGAAGGAACAAGAAGCAAAAGAUCGUGAAAGACGUGAAAAAGAAAAGCAAAAACUUCAAGAGCAGAAAAAUAGUAACAAUAGUACUAAUAGUAGUGAUAAUAAAUCUAAUCAAGAAACUGAUAAUGCAGAAGAGAAGAAGAAGGAAUCAAAUGGAGAAUUAUCAUCGUCAUCGAAUACUUCUAAGAAUGAGGAGAUAACUGGAAAUGCUUCCCCAAGUAAAGUAAAAGUGAGUGAAGUAGAAGCAAAUGAAGAAAAGGAGACUACUGAUGCAGAAAAAGACGAAGAAAAACCUGCUGAAGAAGAGGAAGAAGACGAAGAAGAAGACGAAGAAUAUCUUAAAGAACCAUGGACUUAUGAAGAAACUCAAUAUUUAUUCGAUUUAUGCAGUGGUCUCGAACUCAAAUGGCCCAUAAUUUAUGAUAGAUAUAAUUAUGGCACUGACAGAUCUGCAGAAGACUUGAGAGAACAGUUCUACAGUAUUUGUUUAAAGAUUCUUGAUAGUCAAGAAACUAAAAAUCCAGCUUUAAUCGAUUCACUUAGAGCUUAUUCCAAAUAUAGAGAACUUGAUAGAAAACAAUAUUUGGAAAAUUUACUCAAGAGAACACCAGCUGAAAUUGCUGAAGAAGAAUCCUUAGUGAUUGAAGCACGUCGUUUUGAAAUGGCUGCUAAGAAAAUGUUGUUAGAAAGAUCUCACUUAUUAUCACUUCUUGAUUCCCCACAAAGUACCCAACAAGUUCAACAAUAUUUAUCAUCUCAAGGUAUAACCAACUUAUAUAACCAUUUAAUGAUCCUUGAUAAGAACCAAAAGAAACGUCAAGCACAACAACUGAAAUCUCAAGUAUCAAAUCAAGAACCCGUACCACCACCAAUUCCAAUUGCUGCUUCAUCAUCAUUCAAAAAGGAUAAAUCAUUUCAAACUCAUUUACAACAAUAUCUUGCAGGUGUGCUUAAGCAAAAUCAAAAUGCUAAUCCUGGUGUCAAACAAGAAGCAAAUGCCAUUCAACAAUUAUUAAUGAAGAGACUUACACAAAAGGAAGAAGAAGCUUAUGGUUUGUUCUUCCAUGGAACUGAAAAACUUACCCCAGGUGUCACUUUGAGAUCAACUCAAAAGCUUCCAGGUUUACAGCAAAAACAAUCGGUUUUGAAAUCUGUUAACCAAGUAUUUCAAGAACUAGACAUACCUACCGCUGGCGGAACAAGCUGGAAACCAGUCAUGCCAACUAGAAAAUCAAUGGCUGCUUAUGAUGAUUUACUCAAGUCAGUAGUAGCUUUGUUGGAGCUUAAAAAGGGUAAGGACAAGUUGGAAUCCGAAAUCAAAUUGAUUAAAAGUCAAAGAGGAUUACAGUAA